UUUUUUUCCAAACAACAACGUUCUUGUACAUUCAAAAUGAUCAAUUCAAAAACAGAGGAAUACAGGGAAGUCAUCGUUCAUGUCUAUGGCCUCCAUGAAGAAACUCUUGGGUGUUGUGCUUUUUGCACUUCUCUGCAAUUUUUUUAUCAAACAAUGUGAGGGUGGCAAUGUGAGUUAUGAUCAUAGAACUCUAGUUAUCAAUGGACAACGAAGAAUUCUCAUCUCAGGCAGCAUCCACUACCCACGAAGUACUCCUGAGAUGUGGCCAGACCUUAUUCAAAAGUCUAAGGAUGGCGGGUUGGAUGUCAUUGAAACCUAUGUGUUUUGGGACAAUCAUGAACCUGUACAAGGCCAGUAUUAUUUUGAAGAAAGGUUUGAUUUGGUGAGAUUUGUAAAAACAGUGCAGCAGGCUGGCCUUUUCGUGCAUUUGCGGAUUGGCCCUUAUGCAUGUGCAGAGUGGAAUUAUGGGGGAUUCCCUAUCUGGUUGCACUUCAUUCCAGGAAUUGAGCUUCGAACAGAUAAUAACCCUUUCAAGAAAGAGAUGCAAAGAUUUACCACAAAGAUCGUGGAUAUGAUGAAGGAAGAGCAACUUUUUGCAUCCCAAGGUGGACCUAUCAUCUUGUGUCAGAUUGAGAAUGAGUAUGAACUUGUUGAAGACUAUUAUGGGGAACCUGGCCAUUCAUAUGUCAAAUGGGCAGCAUCUAUGGCUGUUGGGCUCAAUACAGGUGUUCCUUGGGUAAUGUGCAGACAAGGAGACGCUCCUGAUCCAAUUAUAAACACUUGCAAUGGUUUUUAUUGUGAUGGCUUUGUUCCCAAUUCUAUUUACAAACCUGCACUUUGGACAGAAAACUAUGUUGGCUGGUUUCAAUCAUUUGGUGGUAGAGUGCCAUAUAGGCCUGUAGAAGACCUGGCAUUUAGUGUUGCACGCUUCUUUGAGACAGGCGGUGCAUUGCAAAAUUAUUAUAUGUAUCAUGGAGGAACCAACUUUGGUCGCACAGCAGGAGGUCCUUUUGUUGCUACAAGUUAUGAUUAUGAUGCCCCAAUUGAUGAAUAUGGAAUUGUGAGGGAACCAAAAUGGAGCCAUCUAAAAGAGCUACACAAGGCAAUUAAACUUUGUGAAACAGCUUUAGUCAAUUCGGACCCUGUUCACCUUGAUCUUGGACCUCAGUUAGAGGCACACAUGUACUAUAUGGAAUCAGGAACAUGUGCAGCGUUUCUUGCUAAUAUCAAUGAUACUUCUGAUUUCAAUGUGACAUUUAACGGCAAUACAUACAGCUUGCCUGCAUGGUCCGUGAGCAUCCUUCCUGAUUGCAAUAAUGUGAUCUUCAACACAGCAAAGAUUGCCACACAAUCCACUCUUGUACAAUCAAAGCUUAUUAAUAAAGUGUACGAGACAAUAGGGACAAACUGGAAGUGGUAUAAUGAGGCUAUAGGAAUAUGGGGGAAUAAUUCACUCACAAAUACUGGCCUAUUGGAGCAAAUAUUUACAACUGAAGACUCGAGUGAUUAUUUAUGGUACACAAUCAGUGUUGAAAUUACUGACAAUGAACCCCUGCCAAUUCUACAUGUAGAGUCAUUGGGACAUGCAUUGCAUGUUUUUGUCAAUAAAAAAUUUGCAGGAACUGGAUCUGGUUAUGAUGAGUAUUCAAACAUUACUUUGGAAAAGUCAAUAAUUCUAAAUCCAGGAAAGAAUACAUUGGAUCUAUUAAGCAUAACUGUUGGCCUAGAGAACUUUGGUGGAUUCUACGAUGCAAUAGGUGCCGGAAUUACAGGCCCAAUUACUUUAAAGGGCUUGAAAAAUGGUACACAAGAUCUUUCAAUGCAAGAAUGGACAUAUCAGAUUGGAUUAGAAGGUGAGCAACUUGGCUUGUAUCUCAGAAAUGACAUAAAAAAUACAAAUUGGAAUUCAGGACCAAAUCCACCAAAAAAUCAGAGUAUGAUAUGGUACAAGACUGAAUUUGAAGCUCCAGAUGGAAAUAAUCCAGUGGCUUUGGACCUUGUUAGCAUGGGCAAGGGUCAUGCCUGGGUAAAUGGACAUAGUAUUGGACGUUAUUGGCCUGCCUUCCUUUCUCCAGAAAAUGGUUGCAAUACUACAUGUGACUACAGAGGAAGUUAUGAUCAAUACAAAUGUGUGAAAAAUUGUGGCCAGCCUUCUCAAAAGCUAUAUCAUGUUCCUCGCUCAUGGAUUCAGCCCACUGGAAAUGUAUUGGUGUUAUUGGAGGAAAUUGGUGGUGACCCAACUAAAAUAACAUUUCUUACUAGGUCUGUAGAGUCUCUUUGUGCACGAGUAUCAGAAUCAUUUCCUUCACCGAUUGAUUCAUGGGAAAUGAUCAUGAAGGAUGGAUUGAGUUCAAAUAAACCAGAACUUAGUCUUCACUGUCCAGAAGGUCAGCUUAUCUCAUCCAUAAAGUUUGCCAGCUUUGGAACUCCACAAGGACAGUGUGGAAACUUCGAACAUGGCGAGUGCAAUGCGAUAGACACACGAUCCAUCAUUGAAGAGAUAUGUAUUGGAAGGAGAAGUUGCUCAGUUCCAGUUUCAGUAAAAAGACUGGGAGAUCCUUGUCCUGGCAUGGAUAAAACUCUUGCAGUGCAAGCCAUCUGCAACUAAUUUGAAGCGGCCUUUACAUCAUCAGUGAUAUACUUUGUAGGCAAUAUUCAACAAAACCUACGUAGUGCAUAAUGAGAUAGAAACAGUUGAAGUACACCUAUAAAUUAGGUGGUGAGAUUUCUUGCCAAUUCAUCAAGGAAGACUCAAAGUUAAAAUGUUUUAAUUACCAAGGAAUACAAAUUCCUUUUUUCUCCUACUUUGCAUCGAAUGUCUUGCGUUUAUCGUCAGGAUCAUGGGUUACUGGGUAUUAUCCAGAACUGUCGAUUAUCUUGUUUCUGAAAACAGUUGUUAAGAGGCUGCCCAAAUAUUAAAGGUUAUUCCUUGCUAAGAGAUUUAGUAUAUAUUUGUAAUGAAAUGAAUACCACUGCAUUUAUGUGCUAGAGUAAUUAACACAUGUAACCUAGAUAUUUAGAAACUAAAUGAGAUGGAUAGAGGUAUUUGGCUUUAGAAUCAAUAAUG